AUGGAUGAAGACAGUAUGGAUGACGAUAGUAUGGAUGACGACAGUAUGGACGACAGUAUGGAUGACGAUAGUAUGGAUGACGACAGUAUGGACAACAGUAUGGAUGACGACAGAAUGGAUGAAGACAGUAUGGAUGACGAUAGUAUGGAUGACGACAGUAUGGACGACAGUAUGGAUGAAGACAGUAUGGAUGAAGACAGUAUGGAUGACGACAGUAUGGAUGACGACAGUAUGGACAACAGUAUGGAUGAAGACAGUAUUGAUGACGACAGUAUGGAUGACGAGAGUAUGGAUGACGACAGUAUGGAUGACAACAGUAUGGAUGACGACAGUAUGGAUGAAGACAGUAUGGAUGACGACAGUAUGGAUGACGACAGUAUGGAUGAAGACAGUAUGGAUGAAGACAGUAUGGAUGAAGACAGUAUUGAUGACGACAGUAUGGAUGACGACAGUAUGGAUGGCGACAGUAUGGACGACAGUAUGGAUGAAGACAGUAUGGAUGACGACAGUAUGGACGACAGUAUGGAUGAAGACAGUAUUGAUGACGACAGUAUGGAUGACGACAGUAUGGAUGACGACAGUAUGGAUGAAGACAGUAUUGAUGACGACAGUAUGGAUGACGACAGUAUGGAUGACGACAGUAUGGACGACAGUAUGGAUGACGACAGUAUGGAUGACGACAGUAUGGAUGAAGACAGUAUGGAAGACGACAGUAUGGAUGACGACAGUAUGGAUGACAACAGUAUGGAUGACUACAGUAUGGAUUACAAUAGUAUGGAUGACAACAGUAUGGAUGACGACAGUAUGGAUGACGACAGGAUGGAUGACGACAGUAUGGAUGACGACAGUAUGGAUGACGACAGUAUGGAUGACGACAGUAUGGAUGACGACAGUAUGGAUGACGACAUGAUAUCGAUGGUGUUCUUCUACCUGCUGGUGCUGGGGACCGGCAUCUGGGCUUCUUUCAAGUCCAGGAGGGAGCAGAGGAAGCAGGGAGCGUCCGAGAUCGAGAUGACUCUUCUGGGGAACCGGCAAAUCAACCUAGUGGUGGGAGUCUUCACCAUGACAGUGGUGAACCGCAACAUCUUUCUCCUGUUCAGGAAACAGAGUAGCCUUGAGCCCAUUCAAACAGUGACAUGGCAGAAGCUGAGGAUGGGAGAGAAUUAA